UCCGACUCCACUGCCCUCCCCGCCCCAGUCGCGCCGAGGGGCGGGGCCCAGCCGGCCGCCAGGAAAUGCCCAGGAGUCUGUGUCACCUGCCCCCGAAGACUUGUUGAUUCCCAGGAGCGCUGCCUUUUAGUUCUGCCUCCACCCGCCCCCCGCCCCCCGCGCCGAGACCAGAGGACGAUCUCGCUUACCUGCUACCCCGACGCGGCCCGGGGAGCUCCUGAGACACUCCCGGGACCGCUCACCCCUCAAAUCCACAGCCAUGAGCAAGUUGGGCAAGUUCUUUAAAGGGGGAGGCUCUUCUAAAAGCCGAGCUGCUCCAAGCCCCCAGGAGGCCCUGGCCCGACUUCGGGAGACCGAGGAGAUGCUGAGCAAGAAACAAGAGUACCUGGAAAAUCGAAUCCAGAGGGAACUCACUCUGGCCAAGAAGCACGGCACGCAGAAUAAGCGAGCUGCAUUGCAGGCACUAAAGAGAAAGAAGAGGUUUGAGAAGCAGCUCACUCAGAUUGAUGGCACACUUUCCACGAUUGAGUUCCAGAGAGAAGCCCUGGAAAAUUCACACACCAACACUGAGGUGUUAAGAAACAUGGGCUUUGCGUCAAAAGUGAUGAAAGCGGUUCAUGAAAACAUGGAUCUGAACAAAAUAGAUGAUUUGAUGCAAGAGAUCACAGAGCAGCAGGAUAUUGCCCAAGAAAUCUCAGAAGCCUUUUCUCAGCGGGUUGGAUUUGGUGAUGACUUUGAUGAGGAUGAGUUGAUGGCAGAACUUGAAGAAUUGGAGCAGGAAGAAUUAAAUAAGAAGAUGACAAAUAUCCGGCUUCCAAAUGUGCCUUCUUCCUCCCUCCCAGCACAGCCGGAUAGAAUGCCAGGGAGAAUGUCAGGCGCGUCCUCCGCUGCACAUCGAUCCCGAGCAGCGUCUUCCAGGAGGGCAGAAGAGGAUGAUGAUAUCAAACAAUUGGCAGCUUGGGCUACUUAAACUGAAAUGGAAUUCGUUGACACCCAAAUCAGUGAGCUGUACAUAAGACAUAAAAAAAUGUUUUUGCCAUGUUCAGAAGUUAACAAAGACCCUGUUUUAUAUUUUCACUGGAUGAGUAAUUGUCUUUUAAGCCUUAUAAAUAAAAGUUAUAAAGAAUCAUGUGUAGACAUCCAGUCAGGGAUGGAAAGGGACUUUCUGCUAGCAUCUUGGAGGAUCUCCCCAUGCUGAUGGGAUGGGGCAUUCUAUCUUGUUACAUGCUACUGUAUUUCCAGUCCCGGCACAUAGUAGUGCUCUCUAUACAUUUGUUGAAAGAAAAUGGAUUUCUAUUAACAUAUAAAACAUGUAACAGUUUAUAAGCCAUGUAAAAGGGUUGUGUUGAUAGCUAGAGAAAAUAACUUUCUUUUCUAAGUGAAUGCAAGUUGGUUGUGUGUAUCUGUUGGAACAUAUCUAUCCCAUGGUAAAUGCAAAUAUACCAUGGCUCUUGUAGGAGAGACUUCAUUUAGGGAAGUCUUGUGUGAGUCUAUACACAAGUAGUUUCACUUGAGUUUUGCAGUUUAAAAUCUUACAGGAGCUUUAAUUGACAUUUAUUAUGGCAAUGAAGCUUGGAAUGGGGCAAUGGAUGCAUUUCCCAAAAUGUUUGAGAGCACUAACAGCUUACACUGCUGAGCGAGGAUCUCCUGGGUAUAAUUUAGCCACUUAGGAAGCCAUGUUAACACUCCCAGGCCAUCAUGAUGCUGUUGUGGCUUCAGCAUGCUGAAAAUGUGAAUGUUCAUGUUUUUUCUAUUCUGUGCUUUCUUGUACAUUUAGUUACCCUUUAUGGCAUAUUCCUUGUAAAUACAUAAAAAUAGAGGCAAUUAAAAGUAUAUCAUGAAUAAAAUUUUGGUCAUAAUUAUUUUUAAGUGAAAAUAAAUGACAAAAUUAUGUAUUGCCCAUAAUAUGUCAUGGACCAUAAAAAUGACAAAUGUCAUCAUAUAAAAUGUUCUAGUAUUCCCUACAUCUGCUGGGCUACAUACUGGAAUGGAUAGAACACGACAGCUGGGGGUAAGAGUCCUGGAUCCCAGCCCCUGCUCUGCUGCUAAUGCAGUAUGAUCAGCCAUGUCAUAAACUCUGAGCCUCUGUUUCUUCAUUGGGAACUCUAAGGGUUGGACUUGAUCUCUAAUGGGUCCAUCCUGCCGCAGGCCUUUUGCAUAUGCUGUUCUUAGCAGUCUUCCCAUUGUCCACACACACAUACCAAAACUUAUUCCUUAAAUCUUAGUUAAAAUGUUCUUUAUUUUUGGGAAGCUUUUCUUGAUUGCACAGAUUAAAUCAAGUCUCCCUAUUAUAUGCUUUCACAGUACUCUGCUCUCUCUCUAAUCACCUAUCAGGGUUUAUAUUGCUUGAAUGCUUACUUGUUUUUGUUCUUCCCUUCAUGCCCCAUGAGGGCAUGAACUGUGCCUCUUCCAGUUCGAUAGUGCAUCCCAGGACUCUGCACAGUUCCUAAUAUAUAGUAGGUAUUCAAUAAAUAUUUACUGAAUGAAUGACUAUGAACUUUUUACAUCUUUUGGGCCAUGAUAGAAAUCCAGGAACUGGAUUUACUUCCCACUCUCAAAGAACUAGACAACUGGACAAAAUACACGAAACAAUAGUUUACAGACAUUGGACAAUAGGCAGCACUAGACUGAGAUUCCUGAGAGGGAGACAAAUGACAAAUGAAGUGAGCACUUCUGGUGCCACCCCCCCACCUGCGAACCUCUGCUUGCUGCCUUUGCAGGGAUAGCUUGGUGGUCUUACUGAGUAGAGGAAAUUUGUGGGGAAGGUACCUGCACGUGUAUGUGCGUGCGCGCGCGUGCACACACACACACACACACACACAGUUUAAUAAACCAUGGUCCUGUCAUCAUGUGUAUUUCUCGCCAUGAGCUCUAUCCCAAGCUCCAGUCAAGUACAAGUUAGAGGUUUCCUCUGGUUUUCCUGCCAUCCCUUCAGUAUCAACAUCUUUGUGUCACAGCCUACUUUCUUUGAUAUUAGUAUAGCCACUCCAGGUCUCUCUUGGUUACAGUUUGCAUGGAAUAUCUUCUUCCAUCUUUUUAUUCUCAGUCUGUACCUGGGCUUCAGUCUAAAGUGAGUCCUUUGUAGACAGCAUAUAAUUGGAUAUUGCUCUUAAAAAUCCGUUCACCAAUCUCUGCCUUUUAACUGGAGAGUUUAAUCAUUUCCUUUAGUUCUUUAGAAAUUGUUUUAGCUCUUUGAACAUAUUUAAAAUAGCCAAUUUAAAGUCUUCAUCUAGUAAGUUUAACAUCUGGGCUUUUUAAAGCACAGUUUCUAUUCUAUACCACUGUGGGUUUUUGUUUUUGUUUUUUUCCUCUGUGUGUUGACCGUACGUUUUUGUUCCUUUGUGUGUUUCACAAUUUUUUGUUGAAAACAGGACAUUUUGAAUAUUAUAUAUUUGAAUAGUAUAACCCACUUUUAGUGUUUGUUGUUGAUUCUUGUACUUGUUUGUUUAGUUACUUUUCUGAACUAAUUUUAUGAAGUCUGUAUUCUUUGUUGUAUGUGUCCAUUGAAGUCUCUAUUCCAAUAAUGGUCAGCUAAUAAUUGGCCACAGACUUCAUGAAACACUUGGAACCAAAAUAUAUUGUAUAAACCAACAGAUUCAGCAUAAGGUCAUGAGUAACACUCUGUACCUUUUAUGAAUCCCUAAUAAUGAUCUACAUGAUUCUUAAUAUUUCAGUAAGACUUGUUUCCUUGAAUGUGACAUAUGUAAAGUCUGCACUACCUGGAAAAUAAAGCUUAU